ACCGUCGUCUGUCUCCGGGACAUCAGGGGAGGCACGAGUUCGCUCUAGGAGUAAUCAGUUUCGGACUCGUAGUGGAACCAAGCGCUUGGGUCCCCGAUGCUGCACAAAUCACGGCGACCCCCGGUGGAGAUGAAGGCGGACUCCGAUUGGCUCUGAUUUUUAAAAGCCCUUUUCAUUCAGGAGGUUGCCCAUUAUCAACAUGGCUGAGUCGUCGGCCCCAGUACCCUUUGCAAAAAUGGCGUCACUUAGCCGGGUUCGAGCUCUGACGAUGAUUUUCUUAACUGUCAGCGGUUGUUUGGUCACCUCGACAAGUGGCAAGGAAGGAGGGGUAGAGUCGGACACGGUUAUCAUCGGGCUCCGGUUGGAGGACACGGACGACAUUUCCUUUAUGGAUAGGGGCUACCUACGGGUGAGUGAACGGUCUCGUGUCAAAUUGAGGGUAUACGGGCAGAACAUAAACAACGAGACCUGGUCCAAAAUUUCAUUUACGGAACACGAGCAGAUCCGACCAGUCGGGGACAUCGACAGCUUGUCGGGGGACAACGGGAGCAAAGAGGAUACGUCCGCGCAUCCCUGCGGUAUCAGGACCUCGGAUAUAAUCAUCUUGCCCAACAUCAUUCUAAGUCGCAGAACGUCGGGAGUAGUUGAAAUCGAGGUCAAACCCCUUCGAAAAACCGAGAGGAGUAAAUCGUAUUACCUGUGCAUCGCCACCUCGACACCUGCCCACAACGCCGCCGGCCUGCACGACCCAUGGACCGAAAACACCUGGAUUUACCACGACGGAGAUGACACUAAAGUGAUAGUUGUGGAGGAGAAGAGGUUUCUGCUCCCUUUCUGGCUUCAAGUCAUCUUUAUUUCCAUGUUGCUGUGUCUGUCAGGCAUGUUCAGCGGGUUGAACUUGGGACUGAUGGCACUGGACCCAAUGGAGCUCCAAAUAGUCCAGAAUUGUGGCACAGAGAUGGAGAAGAAUUAUGCCAAAAAGAUAGAGCCAGUUAGGAGCCAAGGGAAUUACCUGCUUUGUUCACUUCUCCUAGGCAACGUGCUCGUGAAUACAACUCUAACUAUAUUAUUUGAUGAUAUUGCAGGUUCUGGGCUGAUAGCUGUGGUGAUGUCAACUAUUGGAAUUGUCAUCUUUGGAGAGAUUGUCCCUCAAGCCAUAUGCUCAAGACAUGGCCUUGCCGUUGGAGCCAACACCAUUUUCCUCACCAAGUUUUUCAUGCUGCUCACCUUCCCCGCGUCAUACCCAGUGAGCAAACUUCUAGAUUACCUUUUGGGCCAAGAGAUAGGCACUGUGUACAACCGCGAGAAGCUUCUGGAGAUGCUCAGAGUCACGGAUCCGUACAAUGAUCUGGUCAAAGAGGAGUUGAACAUCAUUCAGGGCGCCUUGGAACUACGGACUAAGACGGUGGAGGACGUGAUGACCCCGCUAAGAGAUUGUUUUAUGAUUCCAGGUGAUGCUAUCCUCGACUUCAACACCAUGUCUGAAAUCAUGGAGAGCGGAUACACGCGCAUCCCCGUGUUCGAGGGCGAGAGGUCCAACAUUGUGGAUCUAUUGUUCGUGAAGGACCUGGCGUUUGUCGACCCAGAUGAUUCUACGCCGCUGAAAACCAUCACUAAGUUUUACAGCCAUCAGCUGCAUUUUGUGUUCAAUGACACCAGGCUGGAUGCCAUGCUGGAGGAGUUCAAGAAAGGUAAAUCCCACCUGGCCAUAGUUCAGAGGGUGAACAACGAGGGUGAGGGGGACCCCUUCUACGAGGUCCUGGGCAUCGUCACCCUGGAGGACAUCAUCGAGGAAAUCAUCAAGUCAGAGAUCCUGGACGAGACAGACUUGUACACUGACAACAAAACGAAGAAGAAAAUCACCCACCGUGAGCGGAAGCAGGAUUUCUCAGCCUUCAAGCCCAACGACAGUGAAAUGAAGGUUAAAAUAUCACCUCAGCUUCUGCUGGCAACCCUGCGUUACCUAGCAACAGAGGUGGAGUCGUUUGGGCCGGUGCAGAUGUCAGAGAAGAUCCUGCUGCGUCUGCUCAAACACCCCAACGUGAUCCAGGAGCUGAAGUACGACGAGAAGAACAAGAGAGCACCGGAGCACUACCUCUUCCACAGGAACAAGCCUGUGGACUACUUCAUACUCAUCCUGCAGGGGAAGGUGGAGGUGGAGGCAGGGAAGGAAGGGAUGAAGUUUGAAGCAGGAGCGUUCUCCUCCUAUGGGAUGAUGGCUCUCACCACCUCUCCAGUCCCUCUCUCCCUGUCUCGUACCUUCGUUGUCAGUAGGGCUGAGUCCCUAGCAGGAUCUCCAGAGAACAAGUCCCCCCCGCGGCCGUUUGGCCUGAACCACUCAGACUCCCUGAACCGGAGUGACCGCAUCGAUGCCAUCACACCCACGCUGGGGAGCAGUAACAACCAGCUGAACGCCUUCCUACAGAUAUACAUGCCAGACUACUCUGUCAGGGCUGUGUCUGACCUGCAGUACAUCAAGGUGACCCGUCAGCAGUACCAGAACGCCCUGAUGGCGUCGCGCAUGGAUAAGACGCCCCAGUCGAUGGACAGUGAGUUCACCAAGAUCGAAUUGACUCUGACCACUGAGCUCCACGAUGGUGGAGGGGGAGGCGUGCUGGAGACGCCAGCUAUGGCCCACCACGAGACAGCCAGCCUGCUCAACCUCAAUACACAGCCCCAGAACUGUCUGGCCCACAGGGUCAACCACACUGCGCACAAUGAGGGACCCAUCUAGCCCACACUGGGGUGGUGGGGACAGAGGGUGAGAGGAGUGAGGAGGGAUGGUGUUAGUACCCUCUGGGCCAGGGCCUGGGCCUAAUCCUCCAACAUCCAAGGACCUCUAACCCCUACCCACCACCCCCUUAUGGAUGGAAGACCCUGGAGGAAUUGAGGGGAAGGACCUCUAACCCCUACCCACCACCCCCUUAUGGAUGGAAGACCCUGGAGGAAUUGAGGGGAAGGACCUCUAACCCCUACCCACCACCCCCUUAUGGAUGGAAGACCCUGGAGGAAUUGAGGGGAAGGGGGCUACGGAGAUGUGUAUACUGAGCCCCAGCCUGAACCUCUACUCUCUACCCUCCACCACCCCUGGCCGAUUCCACAGCCUGGAACAGAAUACCCUUUGGGGCAGUGGGGAAGGGAGCUAAAGGGAUAGCACUCUGGGCCCUCACCCACAUCACACACCUCUAGAAGACACUGUUAGGGUGGGCUUGGACCGUCCUUGGCCAAUCCAUCCGCUUAAAUACCCGGUACCCUGGUAUUCCAGUAGCUCGGAAAGAUGGACAACAGUGUGCAUGCCCCCCCCCAUUCCCCUGACCACACACAAACACUUACACAUAAGUACACACACUUUCCAGUCUGUUCUUGUUCAGGGAUUGGCAGUGGACUGUAGUACUACUUUAGUACUACUGUAGUACUACUAGUACUACUACAACGAAGGACUCAAAUGCAUGCAGACAAAAUGGUUCGUCAAAGACUGUACCAAAUACCGCUUUGAAGGAAACCAUGGAACCAUGAACCAAUAAUGUUUUUGUGCAUUUAUUUAUUAUAUAUAUAUAUAUAUAUAUAUAUAUAUAUAUAUGUAUAUAUAUAUACAUAUAUAUAUAUAUGUGGAGAAGAUAUGACAUAUACCGGCGCACAAACAUGCAUGGGCAUGUAGAUGUUUGUGUGUGUAUAUGUGAUAUUGAAAUACAUGCUACAUAUAUUUAUAUAUAUAUACUCAUACAGUACCAGUCAAAAGUUUGGACACACCUACUCAUUCAAGGGUUUAUCUUUAUUUUUACUAUUUUAUCAAAUAUAUUUUUAUUUGUUUAACACUUUUUUGGGUUACUACAUGAUUCCAUAUGUAUUAUUUCAUAGUUUUGAUGUCUUCACUAUUAUUCUACAAUGUAGAAAAUAGUAAAAAAUAAAUAAAAACCUUUGAAUGAGUAGGUGUGUCCGAACUUUUGACUGGUACUGUACAUCCAUGUAUAUGAGUAGGUGAGGGUCUUUUAAAGAUAUGUAUAUUACAGAUCUUGUUAUUUUUACUAUUCUUCUCAAUCAGGCUAAUGGUACAGUAUCUUUUCACCUUUUUAAAAUCACACUAUUGCCUUUAAAAAAAUCAUAUUAAUUAUUUUAACAAAGUGCAAUGGGAAAAAAACAGUAUAUUUAAGAGAUGAUUAUGAAUAAAAAAAUCACUUUAUUGUAAAUUGAGACAGAUAUAUUUGUAUGUAUGUAUGCACCGUAUGUAUGUGUAUAUUUUGGUUUAAAGAUGUUGCAACCGUCCACAAGCAAAACCCGUCCCUAAGCCAGUUGUUUUCCCUAUUAUGGCCGAUGUGCGAUCAGAAGCCCUUUGACCUCAUUAUAUUGCUGUUUGAUAUGGAGGUUAUCCAGACUUAAGUUAACAGACUUAAAUCAGACUUAAUAAUAGAAUCCAGACAAGUCUUACGACUGUGGUUUAGGAGUGGGGCAGGGAUGUAUUGACAUUGAAAAGUGCUAACUUGGCACUUAUGAAUGCAUGUGGAAAUGUGUCUUUUAUUAUUAAUAAUCAAACGUGAUCAUUGGCCAGUAUUAAUGACCUCAUCUAACAUGUUGAGCAUCAUGACCUUCCCAAAAGCAACCUCGACAUUAAACUAUUGUCCAUGAAUGACCCUUCUUGUAUGGCACGGCACUCUCCUUUCCACUGUGUGUGUUGUGUGGCAUGUUAAAGUAUGUUCAGUCGCCUUCAGCUCAUGUUGAGCGUAGAGUGUAAGCUUUAGUCAAUCAAACUCUUUAACUGGGUUUUGGGGUUAAAGGCAGACUAUGCAUUAUUACAUACACUGAGUGUACAAAACAUUAGGAACACCUUCCAGUCAUUUUGAGUGGCACCUUCCCUUUUUGCCCUCAGAACCGCCUCAAUUCGUCAGGGCAUGGACUCUACAAUGUGUCGAAAGCUUUCCACAGGGAAUGCUGGCCCAUGUUGACUCCAAUGCUUCCCACAGUUGUGUCAAGAUGCCUCGAUGUCCUUUGGGUGGUGGACCAUUCUUGAUAUACACGAGAAACUGUUGAGUGUGAAAAACCCAGCAGCGUUGCAGUUCUUGACACAAACGGUGCGCCUGGCACCUACUACCAUACCCCGUUCGAAGGCACUUAUUCUUUUGAGUUGCUUACAUACACAAUCAAUGUCUCAAUUGUCUCAAGGCUUAAAAAUCCAUCUUUAACGUGUCUCCUCCCCUUCAUCUACACUGAUUGAAGUGGAUUUAACAAGUGACAUCAAUAAGGGAUCAUAGCUUUCACCUAGAAUCACCUGGUCAGUCUAUGCCAUGGAAGAGUAGGUGUUCUUAAUGUUUUGUCCACUCCGUGUAUAGCAUACACAGUGUGGCAACUUCCUGCUUAAAUAAAUUGACCCCAACAAAACUGAAAUUGACUAUUGCAUUGUGGGAGGGUGCAAAUUCGAAAGAGCCAACAGUGGGGAGCCUUGGCAGAUUCAAAUGUUCUUGUUGUUGUCAGCAAACAGGAUGUCGCCCCGCUGUGAAUGAUGUCAUUUUUUGUCAUUUUUUUUUUAGAUGAAGGUAACAUUCUUCUUGCAAUGUGAGGAUGUAAUGAAAAACAAUGUUUACUGUGUGAAACAAAAAUAAUAAUGCUUCAGACAUGCUCUCUUUCAGUGCAAGAAGAAUGUUUUUUCCCCACAAUGCCCCAAUCAUCUGGUUAGCGAGUUUAAUCCAAUAGUGUGGGCUUGAACUGAAGCCUUUAUUUUUAUUUAACCUUUAUUUAACUAGGCAAGUCGGUUAAGAACAAAUUCUUAUUUACAAUGAAGGCCUACAGCGGAACAGUGCCUUGUUCAGGGGCAGCACGACAGAUUUUUUAACUUGUCAUCUCGGGGAUUCGAUCCAGCAACCUUUCAGUUACUGGCCCAACGCUCUAACCACUACCUGUCACUCCAAGCUUGUUGAUGUUUUACACCCUUUCACUUGGUCACUUGGUCACUGUUGGAGAUGAACAGAAAUGGUUGUGUUUUUCUGUGACUGACUGAUUUUUUUUGUAAGGCUCAAGUUCACACCAACUUAAAACACUUUAAAGUGAAAACAUUGCCAAAUUAACACUUAAGUGCUUGUUUUCACAUGCUAGUUUUCCAUCUUUAUAGUCUAAUAUUAAUUAAUUGAAUGACCAUGUGCCACUGACGCUAAAAACCUUAACAUUCAAAUGCUUACUAUUAUUAUUAUUAUUUAUUGUAAGAGGGAAAUAUUCCCUUCCCUGGGUACUAUAGAUGCUAGUUCUUUGAAUUGUGAUGACUUGAAUCAUAGCAAUGCAUAGUUUGGGGGAAAUUGAGGAAAAAAUGAAAUCUCACCAUUGAUGUACUGUAUUGAAUGUAUGCAAUUACAUUAUUAGAAAUACUAAUGUGUUUUCUGUAUCUUAGCCACACAUAUGUUGUAUAUUUCUUAUCACAAUUCUCCUAUAAGCCUGUAAACAAAUUAUUCUCUGUUUUUCUUUGUGAUGGAUCAUUCCGUAUUUUGUUAUCAUUUGUCUCUUGGGAAAUAUGUAUGAAGAACCAAGCCAGGGUUGGGUGUAUGUACAAGACGUAUGCCUUCUGUUGAGUAGAUUAACUUUAAGUGCAAACUUAUUUCUAGGGUAAUGUAAUGUUGAGUUUACUUUUUCUUUGUAUCAGUUUGUAUAUAAAUGGUUUUAUAUGAAUCAAAGCUGAACUUAAAGUAGAAGUCCAAAAAUAACUCUCCUAUCCUAAAUCUCUGUAGACGCAGUUUCUUAACGUAAAGCAUGUUGACGCAGUUUGUAGUCAUCCUAGAUAGUUGUAAUAUCUGUUUGCUAAAGCAAAGAUGUUCAUUGCAGAAUGUAGCCCCAAAUAGUAUGGGAGUGCACUUGCAACGUUUGACCACUGGUGGUCGCCAUUUCUCUUCGUGUCACAGUAUUCCCAAAUUACUGUGAGCAUAAACAACUUCUAAAAAAAACACAUGGGUUGGCAACCUUCCCACAUACACCAAGGGGCUUCCAUUUCAAAAUGACCAGACUAUGGAAAAGAUUAAAAACACUGACCAGAUAUUGUUGUUUUUGUUGUUUUACUUGUAAGUGUUUUCCUAUGCAUCAGGUGAACUCUGCUCUGCAAGGACAAUCAUUCCAGAGAUAAGUGAUGAUGAUGAUGAUGAUGAUGAUAUAAUAAGAUUGUAUUUGUACUUUACCAUCUAUACUUUGAGCACUGCUGUAUCUAAUACACUUAUACGAAAAAAAAGAGGCAUCUCCUUCAAAAUAAAAGUCCUUCACAUGCAGAUGAGGGUUUUUCACAUGUUCAUGUCAGAAUGUUGAAAAUAACAUAUAUGACUAUCCAGUGUAGUCUUGUGUUGGUUUUGGAGCCUUGUUGUGACCUAUAUCUUGACCCAUGUGGUCUUGACCCCUGCUUCCUGAACAUUCACAGGAAAAGAAACACCUGAAAAAAGAGAUCCCUCUCUCUUUCUAUUGCCCUGUCUCUUUUCCCCCCUCUUUCUCUGAGGACUUUCUCCGCUCUAAAGAUAAGUCACACAUCACCAAUGAACGACUACAGUAUUUGUCAAGACACUUUUACAUCCGUUGAAAAAUACUUCACUUGCUACUCUCCAUUCUAUCGUUAUCUGAGUCAUUCGGACCAUGUCUAUCCUCAUGCUGCUAUGUAUAGGUGCCUGUCCACAUGAUUGAUACUCAACACGACAAAAGCAUUCCCAUAUUCUGCUCUGGUUGGUGUUGGUGGUACAAUAAAAAGUGAAUUAUUAACAGAGA